AAUGUAAUCAAGAAAUGGUUUAUAUGGACGAAGCUGUUGGGGAUGAUUCGUAUUCAGGUCAACAAGAAAGUGGGCAGUCAAAUAAAGGUUAUGAUGUAGCAGUUGGGGAUAAGUCACUUUCAGGUCAACAAGAAAGUGGGCAGUCAAAUAAAGGUUAUGAUGUAGCAGUUGGGGAUAAGUCACUUUCAGGUCAACAAGAAAGUGGGCAGUCAAAUAAAGGUUAUGAUGUAGCAGUUGGGGAUAAGUCACUUUCAGGUCAACAAGAAAGUGGGCAGUCAAAUAAAGGUUAUGAUGUAGCAGUUGGGGAUAAGUCACUUUCAGGUCAACAAGAAAGUGGGCAGUCAAAUAAAGGUUAUGAUGUAGCAGUUGGGGAUAAGUCACUUUCAGGUAGCUUUAGACCACCACCAUAUAUUCUCGAAAGCGAAAAGGAUAUAGGAUUUGGUGGUCAAGGAAAAGUUUUUAAGGUACGGGAAAGGAAGAUGAUCAACUCAGAAUUUGAUGAAACUGAAGUUGAGACACAAGGGUGUGAGUCACAUCUGUUACCAGCAUUGAAGCAAGAGAAAGGGGAAGGAAGGCGUGUGAAGGAAGUACCUCCUUUGGAUAAAGUGAUGAACAACAAUGUUGACCUAAAAAGUUCCAUGGGCUUUAAGCUCAAAACACGUGAGGAUAGGUCAUCAAUACAGCAAGAAACAGAUGAAGGAGGGCAGAGGGAGGACACAUUUAUCUCUGUGGGUGAACAGCGGAAGGAGAUACAGAACAACCAAGAUUCUUUCGCUUUAAAGCGAAUAGAAGUUUUGGAGUCCGGUGAGAAUUAUAAAGAAUUGCGUUACCAUCUGCAUUGGAAAAUAAAAGACAGCAACAGUCCUUUGUAUGGUAGCCUUCCAUCAUCAUCCGUGAAGAAGAAUUAUGAAGAGUCACUUAAGAAAGAAGCAUCCAAUUUGGUGGAUAAUGCUUUGAUUGAAGUCAAGAUGCUGGAAACCCUCAAGGGUCAUAGAAAUAUUGUCAACGUCUAUGACCACUACUUUCAAUCAGAUGACCAGAGUCACAGUGGUUCAUCGAAGCAUGGCCCUGUACUUUACUUAUGCAUAGUGAUGGAAUUGUGUGAUUCCACACUAAGGGAUUUCAGAACGAAUAAUGAGAUGACUUUAGAGGUGAUAAAAGAUUUUGCAUGUCAGCUGCUUUGUGGCAUCCAUUUCAUACACUUCAAGAAACUGAUCCAUAGAGAUAUCAAUGAGGACAACAUCAUGGUGAAGUUCAUAGACGGCAUCUGUCGGCUCAAAUAUAUAGACGUUGGCUCGUCCCGUGCUUUUUCAGAGUGUGAAACCUCGAAGGCAAUUGAAGUACAGUUCGACUUGCAUGGUAUCUUUGAACUUGUCCUCCAAUUGUACCGUCCAGACGAAGACCGUAGUUCUGCCUUGAAAGACUUAAAGGAGGAAAAGGGACAACCUGCAAAAAAGCUUGUUUCAGUGCUAGAUCAGCUGCAGCAAUAUCCUUCUGAAGCAACAACUUUAGAGUGUCUUGAAAUACUGAGAGACCAAACAGGAGCAGGAGCCCUUGAUGAUGAAGACGGUGCACAGAGUCAGAAAAGUGGUACAGGAUAUGACGAAAUUAUUUUGCACAAAGUCGCUGAUUUGGAAGUCUUGGAUACUGAGAUAGGAAGCCCACCUGAUAGCCCUGUGGAUGGAAAAAAAGUUUUCGAGUAAUUACGUGUGAUGAAUUUGGAAAAGUGUAAGUCUUGAAGAACCAGCAGUAGUCUAUUCCUGACAUAUGAUAGCAGGGGAACACGAAGAAGAAAAUAA